UUUACACUUGAGCACAUUUUGAUACUAUCAAUAAUUAAAUUAACAGAGAAUGUAUGAUUUAUAAACUUUUUGUGCUCAAAUUACUGGAACUGUAAACUCUAGUACAUUUUCCACUUUUGCAAUACACAGUAGCACACAGUGAAAGAAUGGUUCCACGUCACAUCCCAGAACAGCUGUAGUAUCUAAAAUAUUUGAUCUUUGUACCAGAACUUUAUAGUUUUAUAUCACACCAAUAACAAUCCAAUGACAGAUCCAAUAUAAUAUAUUAGAGCUCCUGUAUUUUAGAUACCAACCCGCAAUUAAAAUAACAGAGACUGUGUUGUUUAAAAUAUAAUGGUAAUGCAAAGUAUCAAGUAUUUGGAAUUCUUACAAUAUGUAAAAGAGUUUUAUUUUAAAAUGUCCUACUCCAUUUACUAUAGACAGGCAAACUUUAAGUACAUCACACACCAUGUCACAGAACUGCAAUGAAUAAUUUAUUAGGUGUUUAAUACCAAUCAAUCACCAUCUGAUUGUACUCUUGACAUCUUUGUGUUGUAAGCUUUAUCUGAUGAUUUGAUGUCCCUCUAAAAUAUUCCACUCCAUUAUUCCAUUAUACCAUUUGCACGUGUUUAAAAUCAAUUUCCAUUUCUAUACGCCUAUGUCAUAUUUAUAAACUUGCUUUAAUCUGUUUUACCAUCUGUUUAUUAGAAUUUAUGUGUUUUGCAAUGAUACAGCCUUCUCUUAUCUCACUAUUUUAAUUCACUUUGUCCUUUAAUACAUCGUUUAAUCCAAAAAAUGCAAAAAUCACUUUUAUUAUACCCAAGAAUAUCUUAAAAGUAAAAAAUAUACAAUCAAAAUUUAAACAUGGAGUAACUCAGGGGGUAAAACUUGCAGAAAUACAAAUGACAUUUGUUUGCUUGGCUAACACUUGGCCUACACUCAUAAAAUAUCUAAAUUUCAACAUAGUUCAUUGUUUUUAGUUAUGCUAUAUAUGUAAACGUCACAUGCUUUUUCAAUGAGGUAACUUAUCAUGUUCGAAUGUUUAAAAUGCACUCAACCUAUCAGCACCAACCGCAAAUUUAUUGACCCGUUCCAGUGGGAUCCGUUCCGUGAUUUCCACUAAACCCGGAUUGUCAACACGCCAUCAGACCACAGCUCAACCCGCACCACCCAGGCCUCUGACUACUGCACAUAAGCAGUUGGUGAUAACCUAAUCCAUCCAGGGAGCCUGGCGUUUGUUUACCUGCUUCUCAGGUAAGAGGUGAGCAGGGGGCAGGGCCACCUAACAGGUAGGAGGGAUGCCUGUUGAGGGAGGAAGCAGCAGUGGCUCUGCUUCUGCUGUCCGCCACCCAAAGCAGAAACGCAAAGCUCACAGUUUGUCUAUCCGGCGCACUAACAGCACAGAGGAGAGGACGCCAGGCAUCACGAGAGGAGACAUGCUGGAGGGACAGGACUCCAAGCUGCCUCUCGCCUUACGCAGCAACCUCCUCGACCUUUUUGGACAGAUUGAGCGCGAGUUUGAAAAUCUCUACAUUGAAAACCUUGAAUUACGCAGGGAAAUCGACUCUUUGAACGAGCGUCUAACUGGAGAUGGGCAAACGAUCGAGGGAGGAGACCCGACAAAGGGAGCUCUGAAAACUAAAGCGAGCCACAGCACCAGUCAGCUGUCACAGAAGCUGAAGACGACCUACAAGGCCUCCACCAGCAAGCGUUUGUACACUCUCCAUGGAAAAAUAGGUGGACCUCGCAACUUCAGUGUGGCCACAUGGGAGUUAUGGGGAGGAGAUUCAUGGAUUGUUUCCAGUUUUAAAGCCACCACAGGCUCCCGUGCUCUGUGUCAGCUGCUCAAAGAGUACGUGGGUCAUCGAGAUGGGAUCUGGGACCUCAGUGUCACCCGAACUCAGCCGGUCGUCCUUGGGACUGCCUCUGCAGAUCAUUCAGCUCUUUUAUGGAGUAUAGAGACUGGAAAAUGUCUGCUGAGGUAUGCUGGACAUGCAGGGUCAGUCAACUCCAUCAAGUUCCAUCCCACUGAACAGAUGGCUCUCACAGCCUCCGGGGACCAGACGGCUCACAUCUGGCGCUACAUGGUGCAGCUUCCUGCCCCACAGCCCCCACCAGAUGUCAGUGCACCAUGUGAUGAGGACCAGGACUCAUCUGACAGAGAGGAAGGUGAGGUGGAUGGUGAGGGGCCCUGCGAGGUUCCCACAGUCCGGGUUGCCACAGCAACCCUAAAGAGCCAUCAGGGCGUAGUGAUCGCAGCUGACUGGUUGGUGGGAGGCCGACAGGUUGUGACAGCGUCCUGGGAUCGAGCUGCAAACCUUUAUGAGGUGGAGACGUCUGAGUUGGUCCAUGCACUCACAGGUCAUGACCAGGAGCUGACACACUGCUGCACACACCCCACCCAGCGCCUGGUGGUCACCUCCUCAAGAGACACCACCUUCAGACUGUGGGACUUCAGAGACCCGUCCAUCCACUCUGUCAAUGUCUUUCAGGGACACACAGACACGGUGACAUCCGCAGUCUUCACGGUCGGGGACAAUGUGGUUUCAGGGAGUGAUGAUCGUACAGUAAAGGUGUGGGAUCUGAAGAAUAUGAGGUCGCCCAUUGCAACCAUUCGCACUGACUCAGCUGUGAACAGAAUAAGUGUUUCUGCAAACCAAAGGAUCAUUGCUCUGCCACACGACAAUCGACAAGUCCGACUGUUUGACAUGAGCGGAGUGAGACUGGCCAGACUUCCACGCAGCAAUAGAAUGGGUCACAGGCGCAUGGUGUGUUGUACAGCGUGGAAUGAAGAGAAUCAGUCGUGCAACCUUUUCACCUGCGGCUUUGACCGACAGGCCAUCGGCUGGAACAUCAACAUCCCCGCCCUGCUGCAGGAGAAGUGAUACCACUGACACACAGAAAACACACACAAUAGAGCAGGAGAAGCGCUGAAAAACUCUCUGUGGCCUCACAUGCAUGCUCGUUUACCCCGGCAGUAAUUUUAGUUGUGAUAUUUUUCUCGUUGACAUCAGGCUGCUACUUUUUGUGAUUGUGCAUUAUAACUAUUAGUUACUUUAUUUGUAGGUUUAACAUUGUAUGAUCAAAGCUUAUUUAAGGCUCCAUUUUUUAUAUUUUGUGGUCUAAUUGAUAAAAAGGUACAAAAAGUUUGGUAUUUCUCCAGUAGAAUGUUCCAGUCUGCAGCAGUGAAGCAAGUUGUUCAAGGCUCGUCUAUGCUCUACAUUGCAACAGAACAGCUGGGUGUAGGAUGGAUGAAACAAAGGAGUUAUAGAGGUUUGUGAGUAAGUGACCUCUAGGGGAUACAUUUUUAACAUCCACCCAACAUAACAGACAUGAGCGAGUAUGUGGGCACUGACUGUAUCGUUUAAAACGCACAGAUCAAAUUUCAGAUGAGAUGGGAGCAUAAAUGAGCCUUACGGGAAAAUUGUCAAAUUUAAAAAGUGUCAGUAGAACAAUAUUACAGAAAGGAUCUCUACACUUUUGUUUUUAUUAAAGGGGAAAAGACUUUUCUUCUCUUUAAUAAAAACAGACUCUUUUAAAACCACUCUAAUUGUACUUUAAAGAGAGAGGAUGCUGGUCUACAGUUAUGGUAGUUGAUUUAUCUGUUUGUGUAACUUUGUAGCUCUGGGGUUAGUAAUUUUGCUCUAAAUUGAAUAUGUCUGUAUAUCACUACUAGACAGUUGUAGAGCAGCAGCUCCCUCAUUUUUGUGAGUUAAAUUACUGUCUUUUCAAUGGAUGCUGUCUUUGAGGAAAGCGAUGUAACAGCUGUUUCUGGGUGAAAAAACUCCUCCAUAACUUAAAUCUGUAGGGAUUCUGCAUUAUAUCAGACAUUUAGAUUAAGGAUUUGAAUCAGGAGUUGUUUGUCUACUGCCACCUUAAAAAGUUAGCUUUUUCUGUUGUGCUACUAUGAUGUUUAAAAAUUGGAAGAUUUCAUCUAAAUAAUAUUUUUGUAACACAUAACAAUACAGAAACACUCACAAAUAGAGGAAGCGGGUGCCAACAACUCCUUUGUUGUCCUACCAUUGUUGUUGGCUUAAUGUUUUUGUGAUUAUUGCAAAGUUGUAAAGACAGGGAUGCAACAGUUCUAUCAAGGUUAAAAAUAGUGUCUUCAUCUCUGUAGGGAUCCUUCCUGUAAUUUUUCAUACAUGUAGAAUAACAAUCUGAUCAACUCUUGGACUGCAGGAGUUCAUUGUCUGCAGUUGUCUUCAAAAGCUAGUUUGUUUUUGCUGUUGUGCAACUUUCAUAUUUGAAAAUUGUAAUGCUCCAUUUAAACAAUAUUUGUGGAAUUACAUACCAUAAAAACACAUAAUAGAGGCUAAUAGAGACAUGAAGAAUAAUGAUAGGACUACCUCGCAGGAGUUGCUGGUCUAUAGCUGCCUUAAUUGAUCAGUUUGUUUAUGUUUUUGUAACCUUGAUGUGGUUUUGAUGUUUUACAAUGGUAUAAUCUGAUCAAAUGUGAUAAUGUCAACACAACAAGACCUAAAAAACAAACUGAUAAAGGCAGGGGUAGACCAGCAACUCCUUUGUUCUGAAAACAAAAAUGAAUGCUACUCUUGACAGAGUUUAGUGGAUUCUUGAGUAUGAUCAAUCAAUUUAAAUCAAUCAAUUUAUACAUUAAUUGUUUGUUUGCCUCCAAAGACUACAUUAGUGUCAUUUUACAGCUGCUGUCUGAGAAAGUUUCCUUCAGCAAUCCCAAACUUUUUGUACCUAUUAGUUGGGAUGUUCCAGUACUAUUUUUUCCUUCCCCAUAUGAUUCCGAUACCAAGGUGUUGGGUACCGGCCGAUACCGAGUACUGAUCCGACUCAAAUAGAAUCAUAAUGCACAGCAUCUCUGAGACCCUACUGUUGUUUUUUCUGCUGAUUAUUGAGUUUUACUGCUAAAUAUUAAAAUAACAGUAAUACAGGAGCUGCAUCACAGGCUCUCUCUCUUUUUUUCUCGACAUUAUGCUCUAUCUGGGCAGCAUGACAUGAUUGUAGAACAUCCUGCAACUGGCUGCAAGGUUAGUAAGAAACAAUCGUGAUUCAUGUGCUCGCUGAUACCAAUACCUGCAUUUUAAGCAGUAUCAGACGUAUUUCCAAUUCUGGUAUCGGAAUCAGAACAACCCUAUUAGUCAUUAAAACCAGAAAUUAGCGAAAAUAAAGCCUAGGUUUGAAACCCUUUAUCCAUCCUUAAAGUGACCGCCAUGUUUCCAGCAUUUACAAGUGUGAGGCCAUAGAGCUGCUCCUCUGUAUUCAGAUUCCUAAAUUAUUUAGCAUGAAUUGUGAAUUGUGACAUAGCUAUGCUGAUCCUUUUUCUGUUUUGUUGUAAAGUAUAUAUUUGACUUCACAGUCACAGGCUGCUGCUCACAUCACUGUUGUUAAGUUACUGCUGAAUGGUUGCAUGUAGAUACACUCAAUAGUUUAUGUAAAGUUAAUACAAUAAAACAAAAAGGCCUGCAGAGCUUGUAGAAUAAGUUAUAAAUAAGUGAUGUAUAUAUUAUGUUGUGGCCUGAUUAAGUGACCUGCAGGUUGUUCUAGUUCCUGGAUUAAGUGUCUUACCGUUAUCCACCGUUUUCAGGGUGGAGUUUGGAAGCGAUAACGCUGUUCUGUGAAAUGUUCUUAUCCUUUUAAUUACUACAUCAAACAUAUCAUAUGGAUGCCUGCCAGAUUACCUGUGCAGCCUGCAGGCUGCAAGGUGAUUGAAAUGUCUUAAAACAGGAUUACCUGUCCUGUGUGAAAGUUUGGUUCCAUGCCUGUUACCUUUUGAUGCUUUCAAAUCACAUCCAGCCUCCAUAUUUCAGAAUUUUAUUGUUGAUAUUUGAAACUCAUGAUACUGUAACUCUGACUUGUUCCAUGUUUACAGUAGGAUUUCAUUUUGCUUUAUCCUGCCAAGUGUCAAUAGCAUAGCAAUAACAAAAAAACGACUGCACUUCUGUAUUUCCUAUAGGUCUGUGAAUAAGAUGCUAAAAAUGAUCAUUAUCUGUAAAUGUUCAAGGUUAAGGUGUCUUGACUUUUAGCCAUCAUAUGUGCCGAUAAUUCCUCGUGUUGGUAAUAUACAGACCCAUCCUCCCCUGUGUUGCUGUAAUCCCAAAGUUGACCUAGUUGUUACAGCUCAUGUGUGCUUCAGAAAUAACCUGUUAAUAUGAUGUUCUUGUGUUUACACCGUCAUUGGACUUCAGAUGUUUUCAGACCAAAAGUGACGCAAAGUUUGGGCCUUUUCAUGCCAUACAUGGAUCAACAACUUCACACAAAACUUGGUUCAUUUCUGCCACUUCUUUGGGAACUGUGCUUGGAUCAUAGACCAUUUGGGCACAAUUUAAAUUCACUGACAAGGAUACAUAAUACCAUGCUAUUACAGCAUCAAUAUCAAUGUCUGAAGGCUUAAUAACAGCAGAGCUUCAGGACAGUUCUGUUGCAGAAAACUGUGAAACACUGCACUAAACGUGAGCCAUUGAGACCAGUCUUAUUUCUUAAUCCAGGUGUGAAACAUUUUUAUUUUUGCUGUCAACACAGUAUCUCUGAAUGGGUGUGUAGCUUCAAGUGGACACUUGAGGAAUUGCAGGUUGCUGUACUUCCACAUUGGCUUCAUUUAGCAACACUGGAGGUUGCUGCUAGGUCUGUGAUGACCUGUUAGCUAGGAUAAACAGGAUUUCUGAUGGACACCAACUAAAGGCGUUCUGUUUUAGCUGAGGAGCUCCAGUCCGUCUGUCUCUAUAUUGGGGGACAGAUUCACUGUAUUUAACAAGUCACACUAAAGCUGGCUGAAAUCUGUCUUGCUACAGUGCUAUGAGCCCAAAAUAAUUAGAUCUAGCUGUGAUUUAAUGUGAGUAAACAGACUGAAAGGAUGCUGACAUGACUACAUCAUGAUACAGAUUUUUGAAAAGUCUGAAUUCACAUUUUUUCUCAGGUUUCUCAGCAAAAGGACAAGCAAACAACUUUAAAAGGCUUGUGUUAUAAUUAUAGUUUGGUGUAUUUAUUGCUGAUGCAGUGCUGAAAGGCUACAUAAACUACAUACAUAAAUUUUAUGUUCACUUUGGAAAAACUUCAACUCAAAGAUGACUCUCCUUUGAGUUGAACAUCCCUUUUUGUUUUUGUAUUGACGCCACUAUAAGUUUGCUUCACAUUUGGUCUGAACUCAGUUUCCGCCUUGUUUUGCCUAUUGCACCUCUUGCUGUAAAUGCAGCUCUUCAAUGUAAAAAGCCACUGUUUCUCCAGAUAAGCAAUAACCCAGAUCCUCCAUGUUCACAGUGUUUAGAGUGAAGCCCAUUUCUGAUUCCAGCAACGGAAACCCACCUAUAGUCAAGCUUGAAACCAGGAAACCCUUCUUUUGUUACACUUGUGCAAUAUCCUAAAGAAGAAGUCAAGCUGUAGUUUGAAAUCUUGAGAUGUUAAACUUAUUUUAGUGCUGUAAAUGAUCCAUAAAAUGUGUCUGCUGUAGGUGAGGCUCAGUGAACAAACCAUACAUGUGCAUAAAUUACUCAGAAGUCGGCUUCAUGCUGCAGUUUCUCCUAACAAUAAAGUCAGAAUGGAUUUAUAGAAACAUGAACCUUAAAAUUGUAAUUGAAAUGCCUUACCUUUACAUUCAAAAGGUGCAUUAGCCUUAUCCACCUGUGCAUCGAUGCGCUUUUCCAAGUGCUACUUAAAAAACUAAUUGUGUCUCCUGCACAGAGCAGAUAGGAUUUUCCUCCUGUUUCAUUCAGAAAACUCAUAAUCUCUCGCCUGGCGAUAUCAGUGUCAUUUUAAUCUGCAGGUAAAAAGACAUGUCCAGCUCAGCCCUGUGUAUGAAUAUAACUCUGAGGAAAUAUGAUUUUGGAUUAAUACAUUAAAUUAUUGUGUGCUAGAUUAAAAAAGUGGACAGGCUUCGCUUCACUGCAGCAGAUCAAACUUCAUUAUGUGAACUACUUUGCAUUCUUUAUUGUGACGGGUACGUGCACUCUGACGCUUUCCAAUAAAAAAGUGUGUGAUUUC